AUGGCAGAUGAAUUGCGAAAAUCAUUUCGAGACGGUAAGAAGUAUUACAAAACUGAAUACCAGAGUCACUGCGAGGAUGAUAAAAGCCAAUGUCCCGAUCAUUGUCGAAAAUUUGGUCUCAGUGAUCCAAACGAUCCAGACUUCCAAGAACAUUGUGCACAUCAACAUUUACUUACCUGUCCCCAAUGUGAUGACAUCACUUCCUGUUUAGAGAAGGUUUAUCAGAUUAUCAAGGCUGGCGAAACCUUGAGCUUUUACAGCGAUGAGCAACAGGAUGACUUGUUGUAUGACGUCAAGAGAGCUUCAGACGCCAUCAAAGAAUGGAAAGCUCACAUAAUGAGAUCCGUAAAUCAGGAGUGUGCGAAGAAAGAUAUCAUUGGAAAGCUUGACCAGACAUCAUGUUUUCUAAUAAUUGAUUGGGCCGUGAAGUUUCUGCAAUUGCGAUAUAGAGAAAAACAAAGUGACUGGUAUGGAAAAAGGGAGCUAAGUUGGCAUAUCAGUAGUGUUAUUACUCGCAGCCAGUCAAAUACGACUGAAGUUAUUUCGUACGCGCACUUGUUUGAUCAAUGUACUCAGGAUUGGUAUGCAGUUACGUCAAUUCUUGAAAACCUUCUUGAACACCUGAAAGUUAGGAAUCCUCUGUUGCAGAAAGUUUAUCUACGGUCAGAUGAAUCUAGGUGUUAUCACAACAACCUCUUGAUAGCCGCAAUGAAAGAUGUCGGAAAGAGAGUUGGCGUUGCAGUCGAUAGUUAUCAUUAUUCGGAGCCACAAUCUGGCAAGGAUAUUUGCGAUCGUAUCCUCUGUCCAAUGAAGACCUCGAUCUGUACUUACUGCAACGAAGGCCAUGAUGUUCUAACUGCUGUGGACAUGCGAGACUCGUUAACAAAGCAUCCAGCGAAGGGAACAACCGCCGCCAUCAGUGUUGUUAACGAGUCAAGAAACACCCUGUCUGUACACAAAAUAGAGCAAUUUAGUAGCUUUCACAAUUUUAGAUAUGAAUCUUCUGGUCUAAGAGUUUGGAAAUCCUAUGGUAUCGGUAAAGAGAAGCCGAUUUCACACGACGACAUAUAUACCAAGCAUCAAACUCCAACAAUGCUUUUGAUCCCGGAAUCUCAAGGGUUUAUGAUCAUCCCGGGAAGCGCGAAAUCAAGAAUCGCCCAGAAGCAUGCAAGAAGAUCGAAAAUCCGGCACAACUGUUCGAAUCCUCUGUACAUGGGUGCCUUGAUGCUUUCGAGACCUUUGAGCAAGCACAUUUUCAGUAAGCUGAACCAGUUUGAUGCAAUCAGAAGGGAUUGGGCUCAAAAAUUUGCAUCGGUAGAUAUUGGGUAUUCCAAAGCAUGCUCGUCAAAUUCUACGAAGCUACAAACCUCCGAAGUACCCGCCACUGCUAGUUUGUCUUUACAUCAAGGAUGGGCUUUAAGUAAGCCUAGGAGCAACGCUAGAUUUUCAGAAAAUGUGAGAGAGUACCUCACAGCACUGUUCACACUUGGUGAAAGAACUGGGCAGAAAGCCGACCCUACUCAAGUUGCAGCAGGGAUGCGAAUUGCUAACAAAGAAUCAAAUGAACGUCUUUUCAGUAGAGAAGAGUGGCUGACAAAGACCCAAGUCCAGAGCUUUUUCUCGCGGUUAGCAGUAAAGCGCCGCCAAGGUCAGGGAGUGAUUGAUCUGUCGGAUGAACAAGAUGAAGACGUCCAAUGCUUGCAAAGAGCAUUCUGA